CCCUUUAUAUUACCACUGCUUGCCUUUUUUCACAGUUUGCUCAACUGUAUUCACUCCAAGCUUGAGUAUUUAUAGCUUUAUACAUUUUCAGUAAAGAUCUCAGCAGACACAAGAGGGAAGUUUAAACUAAAACAACCCCCCAACAUCCAAAACUCCCGCGUGAAAAAGAGAGAAAACCAUGUCUGGCAUAGCAGGCGACCUCCCCAACAUCAAAGCAGAGAACCUCCGCGACCUCAAAGCCCUGACGUUCGACGUCUUCGGCACAGUCGUAGACUGGCGGUCCUCGGUGGUGGACGAACUCACCUCCCGCGCAAAGACCAAGCUCGCCUCCUUCUCCUCCUCAUCCUCCUCCGACGACACCGAGAACAAACUAGAAAAACUCGCAACCACAAACUGGCCCGCCUUUGCCCAAGAAUGGCGAAUCUCCUACAUGCGCUUCACGCGCGGCUACGUACCCGGCCAAACACCCUGGAAAGACAUUGACGCACACCACCACGACAGCCUCGUCGAGCUUUUGCGCGGAUGGGGGUUGGCGGGCGUAUACUCCGCCACCGAAAUCCGCGAGCUGAGUCUCGUGUGGCACCGCCUCCGGCCGUGGGCGGACUCCGUGGAGGGUUUGCGCAGGUUGGGCGGGAAAUUCGUGACCUCGACGCUGAGUAAUGGGAACAGGACGCUGUUGGGGGAUUUGGAUACCUUUGGCGGGCUUGGGUUCAGGAAGAUUUUGUCGGCGGAGGAUUGGAGGGCGUAUAAGCCUAAUGAGGUGGUGUAUGAUGGCGCGGUGGAGGUAUUGGUUGGCGGUGGCGGUGGUGGUGGGAAGGCGAGGGAGGUUGCGAUGGUGGCGGCGCAUUUGGGGGAUUUGAUGGCUGCUAGGGGACGGGGGAUGAGAACUAUUUAUGUUGAGAGGCCGGAGGAGGAGGACUGGGAGGUUGGGAGUGAGAGGUAUGAGGAUGCCAAGGGGUGGGUUGAUGUUUGGGUUAAGGAGGGGGAGGGUGGGUUUGAGGAGGUUACGAGGCGGUUGGGGGCUUGAGGGAUGAACUAGGUUGGACAUGAUGAGGUUCAAAGUCAUGAGAUGGUUUUGAACUGUGUGAAGAAGCGUACUUUGAAGCGAUUUGGUUAUUGUGGCGCAGAGGGCUCAGAUUAGGCUCACGGCACACGUAGCAUACAUCAUGAGGGAGUGAACGUGGUAGUCGGUGAUGAAGAUGCUGGAAUAGAGGUAAUAUAAGUAUUGUUCCGAACAGUAUCCAUG